AUGGGAGUUGCAUCAAUCGAAUUCGAAGUUUUUUGUCAAAUUGGAGAAGAUGUGGCAAAAGUUGUGAAAAGAUAUUUAUUAGGGGAAAAUGGAGAAAAUAAUGAAAGUAAGUUAUUUUUCUGAAACAUGUUUCUCAAAUAAAUAAUAACUUUUUUUCAGAAAAAUUCGAAAGAAAAGCAUCAAGUAGCAGUUCGGGAAGUGAAGAAAGAUUAUAUCCAAAUCCUGAAAAACUUGAAAAUGUUGGAAAUUGGGAUAAUUGGGGAGAAGAAGAUGAAAAUACAGGUGAAAAUCAUAGUAUCAAUGAAAAUGACGAAUCAAAUUGGAAUUGGCUGUUUCGAUGUGCAGGAAAAACAUAUUUUGAUGCGGAAUAUUUUCUAGUUUCUUAUGAAUCUAGAUUUGUUUUAUUGAGAAAACCACCAUCAGGUAUUAUUUAUCUUUGUAUUUUCAUUUCAAAUAACGCGGUUAGAAAAAUUUAAGAUAAUUUCUAUAAAAUUAUUUGCAAACAAUAUAUUGAUGGCGAUCCAAUUAGUUCGGAAAUCACAGCUUCUUGUUUGUUUGGACUUAUGAAUCCCAGACAUUCUGAUCAAUUGGAUUGUCUUAUUAUUUCGCUUGGAACACUUGAUGGACAUGUUUAUUUUUAUACUGAAAAAGGCACCCUUUUAUAUUUUGAUCGAUUUUCGAUUUAUGAAUCUGUUGCUAAUAUACAUUUUGAACAUGUUAAGGUAUGUUUUUGAAAUUUUGAAUAUGGUAUGAGGAAGCCAAAAUUGGGGCCGAAUAAUGAGAGUUUUUAUUAUUUUAAUUUGUAUCGUAUCAGGAUAACCAUAUUUAUGAAUUUGAACCUUACGAAAAACCAUGAACAAAAAAUUUUGUCAUCAAAAAUUUUCCCGUUUUUUUGCAGACUUCUCAAAUGUUUCUUAUUGUAUUCUCUCGAACAUUUUUUGCUAUCAACCCAGUUUCGCUAAAUUCUGGACUUCAUCAAGCGAAAAUCCAAAUUGCAAAAGGUGGAAAAACAGUUCAAGAAGUAUCGGAUUCAAUUGAAAUUCAAUGUGAUUUGAUUGAUCCGGAUUUAAAAGGAAAUAUUAUUCAUGUUCUAUUUACUGGUUUUUAUAAACCAUCGACAUUUGAACAAUAUAUGAAUGCAACGUGGCAAUCAUUCAAUGUAAGAGUUUUUGACAAUAUAUUUCUUGAUGAAAUGAAUUAUGUUUGCAGACUCGAGUAGAAAGGCCAUCACUUCCAACAUUUUCUACUUUUUUGGUGACAACUGAAAAAUGUUUUGUAUCGUUUGUAUGGCAUGAUCGAGAUCAAGCUGAUCAAAUUUGGACCGAAGCAAUCAAAUAUGGAAAAAGUGUAUGUUAUUUUUGAGCUUAUCAGUGAAAAUUUAUCAAUUUCCAGCUUCUUCCAUCAUUUGGAAUUCGAAAAUAUUUUGGAAUUUCAACCGAACCAGCGAAAAAAGCAGCACACAUGCAUAGCCGUCAACAUGCUCCAACUCGAAGUCAAAUUCUUGAUCCAAGAGUCGCACAAAAUGUAUCAAAAAGUCCAGAUGGCAGAUUCGUGGCAAUUGUUGAUAGACAAGCUCGAGUUCUAGUCAUUGAUGUUAGUUUUCGUUUUUAAAUAUUGAUAUUGUGUAAUAUUAAAAUGUUAUAAUUAAAAUGAAAACAGGUUCAAUAUCGGACAACAGUUUUGUUAUUCAAAGGAUAUCGAGAUGCCUCAAUUUCAUGGGUUUCGACAAUCGAAGGAAAACGUUUUGCCCAAUUUCUUGUUAUAUUUGCACCUCGUCGUUCACUUUUAGAAGUUUGGACUGUUCUUGGACAUGUUCGUGUUUGUGCUCGACAUAUUCCAUCUGAUAUUUCGUGUGAUUUGGUAACUGGAGGAGAAAAUCGAACACUUUGUGGAUUAUCUUUUAAUCAUAUCGAAUCGAAUUCAUUUUUUAUUGAUGGAAAAGGAACUUUUCAUCGAUUGAUUAUUCCUUUUCAUUUGGCUUUGAAUGGAAGAGCAUCACAAGAUCAACAUGAUCAAUUAUUGAUGAAGAAGGUGAGACAAUUAUUUCUCUUUAACAAUACUUUGAUUUUUGUUCAGAUUGAAAAACAGAAUGGGGAACAAUGGUUUGACACAUUCUCUAUUUUAAAACUUACAACAUCUCGUCGAGUUGCAUUUCAAGAUUAUCUUCAAAAUUUGAAUACGAUUGAUGAGGCACAUUCAUUUUUGGCUAGAAUUAGAACUGUUAGUUUAAUUAUUUCUUCAUUGUUCAUUUUUUGAAUUAAAUUCUAUUCAGCUAAAUGGUGCUCAAUCUAUUGGACAAUUAAUUGAUGAAGUUGAAAAAGCAGUUGUAUUUUAUCAAAGAAUUGAAAAAUCAAGAAAUAAUGAAAAUAAUGGAGAUAUAUCGAAAUCGGAGUUUGAAAUGGAUUCAAUGGUUCAUCGAAUUGUUGAUUGUUAUCUUAAUCGAUUUGAUUCGAAUAAUUCGGAAAAUCAGAAAUUGGAACUUGGAGAAUGGUUAUCUAUGAUUGAUUUGAAUACGAUCACUGAUUUAUUUACUGGGUAUGUUUUUUUUUCAUAUUUCUCAAAAAAAAUGAAAAUGAAGAAGAGCUUCAAUUUUAGCGUGAACUUUUUGUCGUGGCAGUUUGAAAAAAACAUAUUUGUUCAUUUCUGAAUAUUUUUUUGUUAUUUGUGAGUUUUGUAAUUCAAUUUUUCAUCAGAAGCUAAAUCUCGAUAUUAUUGUUCAUAAAAAUCUGUCGAAUUGAAAUUGUCCUAUUUUUAGACAAUUGAAUGAAUCUUCUCGCCUGAAAUUGGCGAAUCUGAUUUUCACACCGAUUUUCAACAAUUGUGAUAUUGAUGAAUUUGAAGAUAUUAUAUUUAAUAAAUUGCCAUUUUCAAAAACGGAUUUAGUCAAAUUAUUAUGUGCAAGAUUUGAAAAUAGUGGAAAUGGGCUAACAAAUUGGAUGAGUUUUGACAGUUUGGUGAAGUUUUUGGUUUUAGUUGAAAAAUCACAAGAAGGAUUGAUUGAAUUGGUCAAUCGAGCUGCUUUUCAUACGUGAGUUUGGAAAAGUGUUUUUUUUGAAAAAUAUUGAUUAAAAUUUUUCAGAAAAUAUUUGAGUCGCGCGAUUGUUUUGUUGACAAUUUGCUGGUGUGCUCGAAAUGAGAUUCGAAAAACCAAGAAAAUCGAGAAAGUUAAAUUAGAAAAAAAUGAUGAAAAUGAGGAAGAAAAUGUUGAAGAAGAGGAAGAAGAUGAUUGGGAUGAUGUUCAACCAGAACAAGAACAUUUGGAUAGUAUUUUGAUGUGUUUGCACUGUGUUUCGUUGUCGAAUCAAUUAACACAAAAUGAAAAUAUGCCAAGAGUUGCGGAUAUUUCAAAUCGAAUUGAUUCAUUUUGUAGAGAAAAUGUGAGUUUAUAAAAUAAAAUAAUAAAUAGAGCUAUUUCGGAAAGCUGGUUUUUGAAAUUGGAAAAUUAAAAAAAAUUCAAACUUCUUAAAACUUCAAAAAAUUAUCUGUUCUCGUGCCUGUUUAUCAAUUUUAUUCAAAAAAUGUUUCAGAUUGCAAAAUGGAUUGUUGCGAACAAUAUUGAUUAUAUCACGGUAUCGAAAUUGUUCCCGAAGGAUCCAACUGAAAUUCUUGAUGAUAGUUUUGAUGAGAAAAAGAGACAAGAUCAUAUUAUAAUUGAUUAUCCAACUGAAGAUGAUCAUACGAUUAUAUCUCGAAUUUAUCAAAUAAUUCCAAGAUGUUUUGAACACGAUCUAAUUAUAAUUGAUGUUUGUUGGGAAAUGAUUAGCAAAUGGUUCAAGGAAAAAGAUAACAAUUUUGAUUUGAUUGAAAAAUGUACGGAUUUAUUGAAACAAUCUGUUAUUUCUGAUCAACGACUUCGACAUGGAAUAACUCGAUUAAUUUGGGAUAAAUUUAUUGGAUCAAACUUCGAAUCAAUUAUUAUGUUGGUUGAGAAAAAUGGAAGAAUGCCAAAAGAAAAAGAAAUUCGAAAUGAGGUUGGAUUUAGUGAAACAAGAAUUAUUGGAUUUUUGAUUGAAUGCGAGAAAUUGUUGAAUAUUUUGAUGGAAUCUGUUCGAGAUGUUCCUGUUAUCAAAGAAUAUAAUGAUGAUUUAUUAAUACAAAUGGCAAUGGCAUCAUUUUCUCAAGAAAAAGAGACACCAAAACAGAAAUCGAGAAUUGCAAGAUCAUUAAAUGCACCACAAGUUACACCAAAAGCUCAAGAUAAAUUAUGUGUAAUUUCUGCAAAACAACCAUUGGUUAAUUAUCAUUUGGUUCUUCAUCAUUAUCAUUUAACAUUAGCAGUUCGAUUACAAUUAUCUGUUGGUUUACGAUUUUAUCCACUUCGAACACUUUUUUGUUUGGUUGGAAAUCGCGCAUUUUUUGUUCGACUUGAUAGUCAUCCAUUAAUACCAUUAGAAAAUGUUGAAGAUUCAAUCAUCGAAAAAAGACACACAUUUUUGACAAAAAUUGCUGAACAAGGAUCAACAAAUGAAAGAAAAAUGGCAAAAAUAUUGGAAGGAGAAUGGAAUUUGACUGUUAAUUCCAUAUCAUUUAUGGUUUGUUUAUUUAUUCAUUUUUGAGUUAUCGAAAUUCAAUAUUUUUGCAGCAAGCAUUAUCAUCAUUCCGAUUGGGAAAUGAUGUUCAAGGUGCACUUGAACUUGUUAGUUGUGUUCAUGAUGAAAGAGCUGCAUCUUCACUUGUUCGAGUUUUGGCUGCAAGAAUGGUUCGAUUAAUGAGUGAAAAGAAUUCGCUAUUAACACCAGCUCAUUCAAAGUGAGAUUUUUUUAAAGAAAUGGGAUUUAUGUUCAGAUGGGAAUGUUUUUUUGGGCAAUCUUUAAAAAAUCUCCUAAUGUUUGUAGUUAUAUUCUAAAUCUCGCUGGCGAGGAAACUGCACGUGUUGAAUUAUGGAAUGGCGAAAUGAUAAAUGGACAAUCAAAUCCAAAAACAUGGGAAGAAUCAAUUGAGUCAUUGGGAAAAAAAUCAAUAUCAAUUGCAAAAUCUUCACAAUCUGCCAAACCAUUUGUUCGAUUAAAUGAUAUUGCAACACACUAUUGGGGAAUUCAAUGGGUUUGA